UCUUUUGAACCGAUUCUUUUAACGAUUCGCUCAACGUUUUACAAAGCGCAUCGCUCAAUGAAAACCAGGCUAAAAAUUACCAUAACACUAAUCAACACCGAGAGUCUUUUCUUCACCUAGAAGUACAUUCCUCCUCGCGCGACCCGGAAGUGCUCUCCAUCUGUCUUUGUGUUUGUGUUUAGCUCCGCGGCUCUCUGUCAAACACCAGCGGCUCCAGAACACCGCGAUGAAGGUUACAUUCGGCUGAAUCCAUGCUUUCUGAUGAACUUGACUCCAAACCUGAGCUGUUGGUUGAGUUUGUUCAGAACGCGUCUAUCCCGCUGGGCCGGAGUCUGGAGGAAGCGGACACUAAAGCCUCACAGUGCGGCCCGCUGGAUCUGCCAGAGAGUCAUGCCGCCUCCCCGUCGCUGUCAGACUUCGGCCCUGAGCGAAGCCCAUUGGUGGUUCAGCUGCAGACUCCUCCCCCUCCAGCACAAACCCCGCCCCCCAUCCUGCAGGACCUCCAGAACCACGACAGCUCGUCUUAUGUCCUGCUCAAUCUGGCCAAAGGGCUGUCGGCCGAGCCGCUGGUGUUUGUUCAGGACGAUGUGGACGAGGCGCAGGAGGAGAUUUCGUCCGGAGACUGCGGUGCGCCGUGGUACCUGCGGGUCCAGGAGCUGGCUCACGACAGUCUGAUCGCCGCCACACGCGCGCAGCUGGCCAGAGACGCACGCCACAGCCCUGAGCACAUCCACAGCGGUCAGCCCGAGUCCGAGCAGAAGCAGGAGCCCAGAGCCGUGUCACAGAAGAGCCACCGCUGUCCCUAUGAGAGCUGCCAGCGGACCUUCAGCUACCCAGCACACCUCAGAUACCAUCUGAAGACACACCGUUAUUCUUUUACAAAUUUAAAGCCCUUUCACAACAGAAGUGAAGUGAAUGCGCCUCAGGCUCACAACGGAGAGAAACCCUUCAUCUGCAACGAGAAGAACGCAAGCAAGAAGUUCACCACCGCCGGCAACCUGAAGAACCACAGACGCACACACACGGGUGAAAAGCCCUUCCUGUGUGAUGCUGACGGCUGCGGCCGAUCUUUCGCAGAAUAUUCCAGUCUGCGCAAACACAUGCUCGUACACUCGGGUGAGAAGCCGCAUGUGUGCUCCAUCUGCGGGAAGACGUUCUCUCAGAGCGGCAGCAGAAACGUCCACAUGAAGAAGAGACACAGCGAUGAGACGCAGUUGCCUGACAGCAGAGACACAGCUGAAGCGCUCACUCACAGCAGUCUGUUGGAGGCGGAUGGCGGCGGUGAUUCGAUGGUCAGCGUCAAUCUGCAUCACGCUAUCUUACCGACGCAAGGUGCGGCGGAUGCCGUCGUGGUUCUGACUCCGCCCCAUGACCUGGUCACCAUGACAACGGGCCACGCCUACAGCGAUGACAUGGUCGCUCUGCUCUAACGCUGCUUUUGUAAAUAAACUCUUUUAGGAAACACGCGCUUCUCGAGUGCAUCAUUUCAUCAUCAGA